AUGUCCGUCGCCAGCUCACUGCACUUCAUCUUCAAGGGGAAGAACUACAGUGUCCCUGAGAACUUCGUGACGAAGGAGCACCCUGGCGGCAAGGCCAUCCUCAUGGCACUGGUGAACAAGGACAUCACGGAGGGUUUUGAGGAGGCCGGCCACUCGAAAGAUGCUAUGGAGAUGCUGGAGGAGUGGUGUGCCGAUGUCUCCACGACGGAGAGGAUCGAACUGCAGAAGCGCGCUGAGGCGCGCCUCGCCGAGGAGGAUGAGUGGCGCUGGCGCAGCACGGCGAUUGCUUUCAGCGUGGCCGCUGUUGUGGCCGCUGUGGUUCUUCGCAGGAGCUCGUAG